GACUCAUAGUUGGGGUGAUCUUGAGAUACGGGACUCCCUCCACCAGCGGCCAUGACAAGCCGUUCAGCUGCUCGCAGGACAGGCCGUUUACAACCCUGCUGGUCAACGUCAGCGGGAAGUUCUUUGAGUAUACGCUCAAAGGGGAAAUAAGCCCUGGGAAGAUCCACAACGUGGAGCAAAAUGACAUGUUGCGAAAGGUAACAUUUGACCCAGAAGUUUUUUUCAACAUUCUGUUGCCUCCUAUUAUUUUUCAUGCUGGUUACAGCCUGAAGAAAAGACACUUUUUCAGGAAUUUGGGGUCAAUUUUGGCUUACGCCUUUUUAGGAACAGCAGUCUCUUGUUUUAUUAUUGGGAAUCUCAUGUAUGGGGUUGUGAAACUAAUGAAGUUGGUGGGUCAGCUCUCUGAUAAAUUCUAUUAUACAGACUGCCUCCUCUUUGGAGCGAUAAUAUCUGCCACUGAUCCAGUUACCGUGCUAGCAAUAUUUAACGAGCUGCAUGCUGAUGUCGAUCUCUAUGCCCUUCUGUUUGGGGAGAGCGUGUUGAAUGAUGCUGUUGCCAUUGUAUUAUCUUCAUCUAUAGUUGCCUACCAGCCAACAGGUGAAAAUACCCAUGCUUUUGAUGCAGCAGCGUUUUUCAAGUCUGUUGGUGUUUUCCUGGGAAUAUUCAGUGGUUCUUUCAUGAUGGGAGCAGUGAUGGGGGUUAAUGUUAACGUGACGAAGUUUACAAAGUUGCACUGCUUCCCCCUGCUGGAAACGGCUCUCUUCUUCUUGAUGUCCUGGAGUACUUUCUUGAUUGCAGAAGCUUGUGGCUUUACUGGUGUAGUAUCUGUCCUCUUCUGUGGAAUUACCCAGGCGCAUUAUACAUACAAUAAUUUGUCAGUUGAAUCAAGAAGUCGCACUAAACAGCUCUUUGAGGUAUUGCACUUCCUGGCAGAGAACUUCAUAUUUUCUUAUAUGGGUUUGGCACUGUUUACUUUCCAGAAACACAUAUUCAGUCCAGUUUUCAUCAUUGGAGCUUUUAUUGCAAUCUUUUUGGGCAGAGCUGCACACAUCUACCCUCUCUCCUUCUUGUUGAAUCUGGGCAGAAGGCAUAAGAUCAGCUGGAACUUUCAGCACAUGAUGAUGUUCUCAGGUGAAAGCAAAAAUGUUUG